AUGGGAAGUGAAUUAAAACUUGAAAAAACAGAAUCCAGUUGGACCGGUCGUUGGUUCAGCUGGACUCGUCAAUCGGACUCCAUGUUGAGGAAUGUCGAACAACUUAUAUUAUCAUGUGUGAAGACGGCGUACAAGCGGUUCUAUGUGGACAUAGGUUCAGUUGUGGGACAAUGUGACAAAAUUUGGACGAUAUCUUUAAAUGAAGACUCUCCGAAGACCCCGCUCGUUAUGUUACACGGCAUGGCGUCCGGGCUAGCGUUAUGGUGUCCCAACCUUGACGCGCUCGCAGCCACACGACCCGUCUACGCCAUGGACUUAUUAGGUUUCGGUAGGAGUUCUCGCCCCAAGUUCUCAUCUGAUGCUGAGAAGGUCGAGGCUCAGUGGGUUGAGUCUGUGGAGGAGUGGCGGCGGGAAGUGAAACUUGAACAGUUUAUACUGCUGGGUCACAGUCUAGGUGGAUAUAUAGCUACGGCCUACGCUCUCAAGUAUCCCGAGAGAGUCCGCCACCUAAUCCUAGCCGAUCCUUGGGGUUUCGCUGAACGUCCGGACAAUAUAAACGAGAAAUACCAAAUCCCUUUCUAUAUUCGGGUCGUAGCCACCAUAUUCCAGCCUCUAAAUCCCCUUUGGCCGGUAAGGGCCGCGGGUCCGGCCGGCAAGUGGCUCGUCAGCAAAACCAGACCGGACAUAUCAAGGAAGUAUACCAACUACGUGAAGGACGCCGACACUGUUAUACCGGAGUAUAUAUACCAGUGUAACUCGCAGACGCCCAGCGGUGAGAGUGCAUUCCACGCUCUAAUGAACGGCUUCGGGUGGGCGAAGCACCCUAUGAUUCGUCGCGCGAGCCAGCUGUCUCCGUCGCUGGGAGUGACGGUGUUGUACGGGGCGCGCUCGUGGGUACAGAGGGGCGCGGGACAGAUAGCUGAACACAGACCCGGGGCUGAAACACACGUACAGGUAAUAAAUGGAGCCGGUCAUCACAUAUACCUGGACAAACCGGAGUUGUUCAAUAAGUACGUGUUGGAGGCAUGUGAGAGAGGCGACAGUCCGCGCAGAGUCGACCAGCCUCAAGAACAGUCCGCCAACACUGACACUGGCGACUCGACUGGCGGAGCGACCAGUGGCCCGACCAGUCGACCGACUAGUGGCUCGACCAGUCGACCAACUAGUCGACCGGCCAGUGGAGCGACCGGCGACCACACUCCAUCUCCACAAACCUAG